AUCUCAGUUACUGAGAGGUUUUAAACUUAAGAAAUUGUUCUCCAUUUUGCUUCUAGCUCUCUAGGGCUCCUCCCUACUCAGUGCAUCCUACACCACGGCUCUGCAGUGACCUGGACCUGACUGCUAGGCAUCUCUACCCAGUUGGAGAGAGCUGGCUAUGGCUGGAGGAAGCAGAGCUAGGUUCUCCAUUGACCUGUUUGGCAGCCCUGGGCAUGCCCUCUUGGGCAGGGGUAAAGUAGUUGCUGAGGGCUAGAACCCCUGAAAUGGGUGCUAGACUUUGCCCUCAUAGCAAAGUGGCUCCUGGUUCCAUCAGAUGUUCUGCUCUUUGACCUGGGUCUGGGCUGAGUGAGGGCCCACCCUUUUCUUAUUUCCUCAGCUGGCCAGUAUCAGUCUUGUCUUGGCCUGCAGCGAUGUGGGUGGGAAAGCAACACAACUUCUUCAAAACUUUGGGCAGCUAGGCUGAGAAUUUCAGGGUUUCAGCUUUGGGUCCCUAUUUCCCACCUUGUUAGACUACUUGGGCCAGUUGUAACUACAUGCCUCCCCCAAGAGCUAUCUAGGAUUCCGUUGAGAUGUCUUUUUGUUUUUUAAUAGUAGGAGUUGUUUUCUGACCUGGGAUCCACCAUGGGAUUAAUGAAAUGAGUGACUAUGCCUUGAAAUGCUAUCAAUGAACUAUUGCAAAUAUUUGGUGUGAUUAUUACUGGGAAAUUUAGUAGAAGGGGUCUGUUUUCUUAUCACUACCCCAACAAAGAGCUUGUUCUGGAGAGGUCUCUUUUCUAUCUCUGUGAGAAGUUGGCAUGACACAGGUUCAGAGCCUACCACCAGUGGGCUCUUUGGUAAGCAUGGGGUAGAUAGAAGACCAGAGUCAGGGUGGGGGCUGAGGACCACCAGGCAGCACUGCCUCACCACCAGCUAACCAGAGGAACGCCUUUCAGGUAAUUAGGGAGUCCCUUUUAUCAGGUUCAGGUUAUCUUUUCUCCAAGGCCUCUCUGUCCCCUCAUCCUAACAACAUCCCCUGGUCCUGCCUGGUCACAUUCCUUUUCUUCCUUUGGGUCUUUCAUGCCUGCUGACCCCACACCCAUAUCCUGCCUGGGGCUACGUGUAAGAGGGGAAAAAGAAAAGGGAAAAGAAUUUUAUCAGAUAUUUUCCAGAGGGGAGAGGACUCCACCCUUUGACUCUCUGCCACAUGGUGAGGAGGAGGAGGAGCAGCAGCCUUGGGGACCUCUGACUAAUCCAGUGGUCCCCAGUGUUCCCUGUUGUAGGGCCAACCCAGCUGGCACAACCUUUGUAAACGCACGUCUUCAGCAGCAUUCCUGUUUGGCUGAUAAAGAGACUGGGGCCUCGGCUUCUUUUUCUUAUCCCUUUGGCUCCACCUCCUGGGCCUCCUCAUUCAUUUGUCCUCGUCCCCUUCCUUUCCUGAGUCUUUGUCUCCAAAAGCUGAGGGCAAGAAGUGCCAAACUCUAGCAGAUAAACUCAGGCACAGAGUCCUAGAAAAACAAAUUAAAAAGAGGAACAAAUUCUACUUCUUAAGUCUCAUUGCCUGAUUUCCUUCAGACUCUGGGCGGGGAGGCCUGGGAGGCCUUAUUUUCAGAGCUGGGUGAUUUCCCCAGCUCCUCACUCAGGGUCUUGGGCCUCCUGCUCUCAUUGACUUUGGUUCAUGGAACUAAUUGUCCUGCCCUGUGGCGAACUAAAAAUCUGAAGAUAGGGAAAAAGAGCAAAGGCACCACCCACCAAAAGAAAAUUCUCACAGUCUCUGGGGCAGAAUUUCCAUGUUUUGGGAGACUUGUGAUUUCUCUAAUGAGAACAUUUCCUCUCUUCAGAGCUGGGAAAUGAAAACACAUUCUCUACACUACUUAGUCUCAAAGGUCCUGACUGUGUGCUACAAGGAGAAAGACGAAUGCGUGGAGGGAAGAUGGAGAUUCAAACAUCCUCUGGGUUCACAAAUGUGGACAAUUCUACUGCUGUGACCACAAAGUCAUCCACCGUGGGAAUAUUUUCAACUGUUUCUACAAAUGUAUCCAAGGAGGAAAUUACAACACCAACUACCCCUGGAAGCACUAGUCCCCAAUCUGUCUCUCGGGACUGGAAUGGGACCACACCAGCCGUCUCAGAGACUACUGUCAACUUCACAUCUAACUCUGGGAUCCCUCCAGUCUCUGUGACCACAGACUCUUCUGUCCAAUCAAAGACCUCUUCGGCCUUCACAGUGGCCACCACCCUAGCCAACAAUUCAAUUUCAGAGAUGACCUUGAAGCCCAGCGUGCCACCUGUAAAUGUUUCAGAUUACUCAAUCAAUAGCACCACCGUAGUGAUGACAUCACCCCCUGAACUUUAUCCACCAUCUUCUCUUGCCCCAAGUUCCAUCAAGGGAGAAAUCAAAUGCUCAGGAAUCAGAGAAGUGAGACUUUCUCAGGGCAUCUGCCUGGACCUCAACGACACCUCCAGCUGUGAGGACUUUAAGAAGGACAAAGGAGAGGACCUGAUCCAAAUCCUUUGUGGGAGGGAGAAGGCUGACUCUGAGGCUGGGGUCGGCGUGUGCUCUUUGCUCCUCGCCCAGUCUGAAGUUAAACCUCAGUGCAUGCUAUUGGUCUUGACCAACAGAACAGAACUUUCCAGUAAACUCCAACUUAUGGAAAAGCACCAGUCUGACCUGAGAAAGCUGGGAAUCCAGGAUUUCACAGAACAAGAUGUUGGGAACCACCAGAGCUAUUCCCGAAAGACCCUGAUUGCACUGGUUACCUCGGGCAUCCUGCUGGCUAUCUUGGGCACCACAGGCUAUUUCCUGAUGAACCGCCGCAGUUGGAGCCCCACAGGAGAAAGGCUGGGCGAAGACCCUUAUUACACGGAGAACGGUGGAGGCCAGGGCUAUAACUCAGGACCUGGGACCUCCCCUGAGGCUCAGGGAAAGGCCAGUGUGAACCGAGGGGCUCAGGAGAACGGGACCGGCCAGGCCACAUCCAGAAACGGCCAUUCAGCAAGACAACACGUGGUGGCUGAUACAGAAUUGUGACUUGGCUGGGUGGGGCAAGACUGGGCAGUGUCCAGAAAAUUGGCCUCUCCCUGCCUCCGAUUAUGUGCUGCCUCUGUGCUGGAGGUAACAACCCUCAUGUCCUACCUUUUCUCACUGUACACACCUUAGGCGCUGUUCCUGGAGUCCUCUACCUUUGAGGGAAACAGGUGAACUCCUGUCCUUUAUGCAUUCAGCUCCCUGAACCGAGUCUGGAAUUCUUUGGAUAAAGGUGUGGGAUGCAGGGGAGAGGCCAAGGGAAGUUGACAACCUUGUAGCAUUUGUAUCCAGACUCCCUACCCCUUCUCUCCUUCCUGCCUUAUUACAGGAGUCCCUAGGGGGAAAGGAUGGGCUUUUCUAAGCUACAGCUUCCUCCCAGGAGGCUUUGGUUUUUACUGUUUCUUCAUUAUAUUUUCUUUCUCUACUUUAGAGAAUCCAAGGUAACUCCCUUGCAUUUGCUGCCUUAUAAUAAUAAGCCAGAAAAAUGUGUUGUCUUAAGUCACAUCCCUUGUCUGUCCUCCAAGACACUGUGGAUUUGGUCACCAGCUUCCCAGUUGUUCUCCAGUUACUUUGAGCACCGUGUGUCCCUUACAUUCACUCAUUCUCUCUCUCUCUCUCUCUCUCUCUCUCUCUCUCUCUCUCACACACACACACACACACACACCCCAUUGUACCAGCCAGUACAGGUUUCUGACUGAAACCUGGAACUGGGCUCCAUAUUUUAGAACAAACAGCUCAGUCCUGGUCUCUCAGGGGCCACAUAGAAACUCUCCUUAGGUUCAAGUGGAUGGGACCAUGGGACCUGAUCUGUAAGCUGAGCGUCUUCGACCUGUGAUCUUCUGAGGAAUCUCCAUCCAUGGCUUCUUCCUCCUGCAGCUGACUCCUGGGUUGAGCUGUGGCCUCAGUCCCCCAGCAGAUUACUAUCUGUCUCUUCCCCACUCUGAACUCCAUUACUGCUCUGCAACCCCGUGUAGUCAGAGCCCCAGAACCUCUCUCAAGGACCACAAUCAUCUUCUGGUGGUGUCCCAGGUCCUUUUCUGUUGUUUCUCCAGAGGGGUGAGCAGGGAUCCUGGUUUCAAUGACGGUUGGAAAUAGAACUUUCCAGAGACGAGAGGAUUGGGUGGUUGGUUUUUUUUCUAAAUAAAAAGUGAUAUGUGAGUACUGUAA